AUGUUCGCCACCUUAAGGGACUCCUCCACGGCCGACCUGUCACAGGUUCUUGCAGAUGUCAAGAAAUAUGCCUCAGAGGUUGUGGAGGCGGAAUCCAGAGAAUUGCGGUCGAGCCUCAAGCAGAGCUCAGAGGCCGCGGAACACCAGCUGAACGAACGCUUCAGAAGCUUCUCAGAUCGACUGCUUGAAGAAUCAGGAACCAGCCAUCCUGAAGGCGGCCGAAAGGUUGGUGACACUCAGCUGCUGAGGAAGAUGACCAACAGGAUGACGGACUUUGAAGCCCAAGUCUCUUCACAGCUUCAGGCCUUGGCUCAAGAUGUGGAGAAGAAGAUCUCGUUCAUGGGUUCACAGCCACUUGGCGUCUCAGUUCAUGCGCUCAGGGAGGGAGAACAACCCUUGGGCAUCGACUGGUAG